CUAUCACCUCAUCAAUCAAUAAUGGCUAGUUACGUCGCCAAGGACAUUCCCGCCGCCGGAGGCAAGGACGUCGAUGCUGCUGGCUCGGCUCCCGCAGCCAAGAUCCACCGCAUCCGCAUCACCUUGACCUCUCGCAACGUCAAGAACCUCGAGAAGGUCUGCAACGACCUCGUCUCGCGCUCCAAGGACAAGCAGCUCCACGUCAAGGGCCCCGUCCGUCUCCCCACCAAGGUUCUCACCCACACCGUCCGCAAGAGCCCCUGUGGUGAGGGUUCCAAGACUUGGGACCACUUUGAGAUGAGGAUCCACAAGAGGUUGAUCGACCUGCACUCGCCCUCCGAGAUUGUCAAGCAGAUCACCUCCAUCUCUCUCGAGCCCGGAGUUGAGGUCGAGGUCACUAUCCUCUCCCACUAAGCGGCUUGUUUUGCUGCAGAGGAUUGAUGCUCCCUCAAAAUGGAUGUUGAUGCGAUUGGAGGAUGAAAGGAUGUCGUGGCUCUAGAGAGAGGCGAUUUGGCCGAUUCCGAGUCAAACGAUUCCGUCACCCCCCAGUCGUGUCACACCCAAAAUUGCACACGCACCAUGUAGG